ACCCAGAGUUCCCUGAGAGGAAUGCGAGAAGGCAGAGGAGAGGAAAGUGUUGGAGUAGGACCUGCUGUUCAACGUGUCAUUUCUGUGUCAAGCCACCGUGUCCCGUUUCGGAGAGACUCAUGGAAGGUUCUGAAGAGGGGUUCUUCUUCAGGUCCUCCUGUGUGAAGGUCUACCUGUGCUCCAACCCAGAAGACUCUGUGCAGGAACGAAGGGCUCUGAGAGAGUGUGUGUUCCCCAGACUGAGGGAAUACUGCAGACACACACACGGACUGGACUUCAGGGUGAUGGACCCGUACGAGGCUACUGACCAGAGGCGCUGGCCAGGGCAGCAGAGCAGGGAGCACGUCCUGCAGGCCUGCAGAGAGAGCUCCCCUGGACCCUUCCUGGUGGCCUUGCUGGGGGACAAGUAUGGACCGGCCUGUCUCCCUGCCCAGAUGGAGGUGGCAGAGUUCCAGCAGAUCCUUCAGACGGGCCAGCGAGCGGGCGUCAGCACCCGUGGCCUGGAAGGUGCAUACGUCCGGGACGAGAACGCCACACCGCCCUGCUUCCGCCUGCAGGGACGAUCGCACACACCUCAGCCGCCUGGUGCGCAGUCAAACGGGACGACAGGAGAUACAGACAGCCUUUGUGAAGAGAUGGGCGGACAGGAGAAGUUGACUGAAGCUUUGAAGGCUGCAGUGAGUCAGUGUGUUCUGGAGGGUCUCAUGACCACGGAGAGAGCCCAGACCUACUGCAGAUCAGUCCUUGAUAUGGACCUACGAUUCGCUCUGGAGAACCGUCCCCCUGAAAACAUAAUCAACCGGUGCCUGGUCUACGUCCACAAGACCUCCAACAGGAGCAGCCAGAGAGAAAACAAGCUUCUUUCCCAGCUCUGUGACCACUUCCUGCCCGACCUAGUGACUUCCUGUCAGCUCCAGGUCUACACCGCGACCUCGGAAUGUGACCGCCGUCAACGUUCCACGCUACCCAAAAAGCUGAGUUACAUUGAGGAACUCUGCGAGCAGAUACACUCUGACCUCCGACGUUUGAUCGCCAGGUCGGUCACCUUGGAAACCGGUCAACGGUCACCGCAGUGUGUUCCCGGUGAUGUGUUAGCCAGAGAGCAGGCUGAGUGGAGGGAGUUGUGUUCUAUCUUGUCUCGUCUCUACGAUGUCAAGCGCCCAGAGGAAGAGGAGGUCAGGAAGUACCUGGAUCAGAGGGACAUACGUCGCCCUCUACUGGUGGUGGGAGGCCCUUGCACCGGGAAAACAGUGCUGCUCUCCCACUGUGCUUGGCAGGUGAGGUCUUGGCUAUCCGACAGGGAUCCUGAAGUGAUCAUCUUUUUCACUGACCUGUCAAUCCACUCGUCCCCCAAACACCUCCUCCUCAGCCUGAUGUGCCAGAUAUCUCAAAGCUACAACCACCCUGAUCCUGACCAAAGGCCCAUCACCAACCCCCUCUAUCCCGACCCUAACCUCUCCCUUCCCCAGCUCAGACACAAACUGCUCGGUCUUCUCUCCACCCUCCCUUCCUCCAAGCGACCUCUCAUUCUCAUUCUGGAUGGUCUGAACCUGGGUGGCCACACAUCAGAUGCCCAGAUUAUCCAGCAUCUUCCCUCUCCCCUCCCGCCCAACGUCAAACUUGUGCUCUCCGUCUCCCCCGCACAAACUGAGACCCUGCGGGCCCUUAAACUACACUACCCACAGUCCUCGACAGCAGACGGCUGUGUGCGUGUGGAGCUGGAGUCGGUGGAGAGGACGGGGUGUGUGAGGAUGCUGGCGAGUCUGUUGAGCGCGUCGGGGAGGAAGGUGACGUCGGGACAACAGGCGGUGGUCAACCGAGCUUUGGCCUCCUGCCCUUUGACCCUGUACGCACGCCUCCUGCACAUGCACACAUCACUGUGGAGCUCAGCAACGGAGGUGACUGAGUCAUCCCUCCCUGUGGGAGUCCACUCCAGCAUCUCGGCCCUUCUGAUGCACCUGGAGGAGAAGCACGGCUCCACCUUGGUUUCUGUAGCCCUGAGCUACCUCACCCUCUCCAGGGCUGGCCUCACAGAGGGCGAGCUCACUGACCUGCUGUCCAGCCAUGAUGAUGUGCUGGCAGGCUAUGUCCAGCAGAAUGAGGGCCCCCCCUCCAGGUUUAGGGUGCCGGAGGUGGAUGUGGAGAGGCUGCUGCUGGAUCUGAAGGGGUUUCUGGAGAAGAGGACCGUGGCAGGGGCAAGAGUGCUGUUCUGGGUCAGCAGGCAUUUUGGGUUGGUGGUGUGCAAGAGGUACCUGCAAGUCGUUGAGGCCAGAGUUGAGUUUCACUCAGAAAUGGCAGACUAUUUCAGCGACCGUUGGGCCUAUGGGAGAGCUAAACCGUUGGUCAUAAACCCAACCACUGGACCCAACCAAACUGGGGCUGUCUCGAACCCAGCUGCAAAAAUAUACAUUGACAGGCAGCCUAACAGCCAACCAUAUGUGUUUAACACUGUGCAACUCCCCUCCUGCUCUUCCUCUGUUUCUUCUUCUGAGCAUUCGCAUAUCAACUUCCGGAAGCUUCUAGAACUUCCCCAUCACUUACAAAAGAGUAACAGAGGGAAGGAGCUAAGGAAUGGACUGUUGAUUUCACUAGGGUUCCACCAGGCCAUGCUGAGAGCAGGACUCCUGGGUGAACUGAUAUGCCUUCUGGAGGUGGGUGCCUUGUCCAGGGAGAGGGUGCUAUUAGCAGGGAUGCUAAGAGCCUCCGCCUGCCUUCUCUGGAGCUCCCCCCUGGAGCCACCCACGGUGAUGGAGAUGAAGCUGCAUCCUUUCCUGGGGGUGUGCCCUGGGCUGGAGAGUUAUGUUAGGGAGGUGGAGCAGGAGAGGAGGAGGACGGGCAGUGGGAUAGGAGCGGUGCUCUCUCCUGCUCCCUCCACAGUUCCCUCCAUGCGGUAUGUUCUAGAGACAGGGGAAGGAAAGCGUACCGUUACGGCAGUGGCAGGGACAGAGUGUGGGACUGUGGUCAUCUCCCUGGGUGACGGUUCUGUCUGGGUGUGGAAGGGGAGCAAUGUACAGGAGCUGAUGCUUACCCAUGAGCCCAACAUGUGCUUUGUCAGUGUGAAAAACAGUGGGAGAUUCAUCCUUAUGACAACAAAGUGUAACAGGGUUCUCCUGUGGGAUGUGAAGGAUCUGGAAACCAUUCAGGAGUUAAAGGAUACAAGGGGACUUCAAUCAGGUCCAGACCAAAAUACACAUCCAACAGUUGCAGGGUUUGUUGUUUGUGAGGACAGGGUGUGUGUGUGGUGGAAGGGUUUCAACUUUUUAAGUGUGUGGGGACUCCAGGGUGAGCCUCUCACCUACCUGCAGUGCCAGAACACUGUCACGUGUGUUUUGUCCUCCCCUGGUGGUUGCUUAUUGUACUGUGGGCAGGAGAAAGGAAUGGUCUCCAUGUUUGAUAUGAAGAGUUGCAGUCUUCUAGCGUCAUGCUCUGGGCCAACGGAAAAUGCCUUCAUCUCUGUGAUUCUCAGUCAGGAUGAGGAGGAAAUGGCAUGCAUUGACCACAUAGGAAACAUCUUCUUAUGGGAGAUGACAAACAAAGGGGAGGAGCCCAGUUUCAUCAGAGAAUGCUAUAGCAGGAACUGCUCUACUGCCAUUAGAAACAUAGAUCAUUCAAAGGAGGCUCACAUUCUCCUGGUGUGUGAAGCCCAGCAAAUCUUACUAUGGGAUACCCAUGACUGGGAACAAUGGGACCAGUUCCUGGCUCCACAAGGUAGGGCAUUCACCCAGGUGAUGGUAUCCCAGGACAGUCACCUCCUCCUGGCUACGGUAGAGGCCUGUCCCUCAGUGUUGGUGUGGAGGAUCACUACAGGCCAGUGUGUUCUCUCCUUAGACACCUGCACACUCUCUAAGCCCCUCACACUCCUCAAAAUGGGGUCCACCCUCUGUGCUGUCACUGGAAACGGUAGUCUCACAACAUGGGAUUCAGAGCUGGUGUAUGCUGCAGGCAUGGCCCCAAGAAUGCAGGCUGGGGUGAGGCAGGUAGUGACUGAGCCAAUGGGAGAGAGAUCCACUUUCUAUGUGUCUGACGGGUCAGAGAGAGUGUGGAGGUGGGACUUACAGACAGGAAGUCCAGAAGCGAUAUUUCUGCAUGACCUCCCUGUGGAAAAGCUCUGCCUUUCUCCAGACGGCAGCCAUCUUGUGACUCUGUCAGGGCGCGAAGUUAACGUGUGGGAAUGCAGAACAGGAAAAAACCUUCACCGUAUCCAUUGUGGCAAGGCCAGAGACAUCCUGAUCACCCCUAAUUGGAACAUCGGGGUGUGUUUUUCAGAGCAUGGUCUCACCAGAGUUUGGAAGCUGGCCACAGGGGCCAUUGUCUGUAACAUACACCUGUAUCUGAAAGAUGCCCAGAUCUCAACUGAGAGCACCUUCCUGAUUGGUCUACAUCGAGGUGAUCUGCUGGCUGCCAGUCUAUGGUCAGGUUCCAUCAGUAAACGUUUCUCCUCCUCAGAAUGCCCAGAGCAUGUUCUGGCCUUCCAGACCCUUCCGGAACACCCUGACUUUGUGAUGGUGAUGACUGCCUCAGGGGCACUGUACACAUGGAGGGUGGCAGAGGAGACAGUGUGCCGACAGUUCCAGCUCCCCCCCCCCUUUCUGUGCCAACCUCAGGUCUUCCAGAUGUCCUCUGAUGGAAGCUACGCUCUCCUGUCCAUUGAUGACGAUGUCAUCACCCUUCUGGAUUUCUUCAGUUCCAGAUUGUGUUCAGUGAGGGCUGAGGGCCCAGUCCUCAAAGUCUGCCUGGAUGACACCGGGCACUAUGUCGUCUACAUCUCCCAACCUCUAGCUCAGAAUAAGGGCUGUACCUGUGACCUGCACAGUGAGCCAGUCCUGACUGUGGUCCGGCUCAGAGACGGGAGCAAAGUAGGGAGGUUGUGUCUGUGUAAGAUGCCUCUGACUCUUAUGAUAUGCAAGGAGUUUUUUGUGUAUGUUGGGUUUCAGGAUGGGUCUGUGGGUGUGUAUGCAACCUUUGAUGCCAUGAGGACCAGAAGAGGGGCUGUCUGGGGAAAGUUGAAUCUGACUGGUCUACCGAGGCCAUGCCAAUGUGACAAUGAGCCACUUACAUGGUUACCACUAGCAACGCCUAGUACAACAUGGCUUGAGCAAUCUCAAAUGGUCUAGUAUUGUGUUCCUCAUCAUCAAAGUCAGAACUAUGAAUGUUACACUAUUAUGUAGGCUAACAUGUUUACAUGUAUUAUUAUUUUUAAAUGUAAAUAAAAACAAUUGUCCAAUAA